UCUCAAUCCAGAGUCUCAGUCACGUGACAAUAGCUCACGUGACGCGUGGAAUGUGGUUCUAACAAAAUGGCAGAAAAUGCGAACAAAGCUCUGCUGUAUGCUACAGAGAAUGACUCACUUGAAGGCGUUAAAGCGGCAUUGGAAGCUGAGGGCUAGGAAGGGGGCGUCUUUGGUGAAGAGAACGUUUAGUGCGUUCACCCCCCUCCAUGGCGCAGCGUUCGAAGGGCGGACAGAAAUAGUGGACUUACUGGUGCAGUAUGGUGCAACAGUAGACGUACUGGACUGGUACCAGAACACACCACUCAUGACCGCUUGUGUUAACAACCAUGUCGACACGGUUCGGCGACUGAUCGAGCUUGGUGCAAGGCCUGAUUUGGACGACGGUCAUAUAGCACAGAGCUUAAGGGUAGAAGUCGCCGAAAAUCGGUGUUCUGUGGAAGAGAGUUAUAACCUAAUAGAGGUGGCGAAGAAGACCAAGCUGUUGAGAUGCUGCAACCCUAAGUGUGGGAAACCAAGCUACAGGAAAACCCUGAAGCUGUGUGGCCGGUGCAAGCUGACCCGCUACUGCAGCCGUGACUGUCAGAAACAACACUGGUCUGUCGGACACAAGAAGUGCUGUGGGCAUGACGUGUACUCUUAUGAGCAAACUGACCCGUACGAAAGGAUAGUUAUGUCGUUGACAAAACUCGCUUUAGAAGACGAAUAACAAACAUGACUUUUAUUUUUACUAUAUUUUACAUGUUUAAAUCAAGUCAACGGCGGCAGGAAAUAGCUUGUCAUUCUGCACAGCAAUAUUAAAUGUACUACAAAGCAAUUGGACGUUGUCAACUCAUAAGAUACAGUUUUAGUGACCUUGUUUAGGUUAUCUAAAAAGAAAAAGUAAGUAAACGGGCUGUAAGUGUAUAUGUCCCAGCCGGAUUUUUAGAAAUGAGACUGAAUACUUCACAUGUACAUGAUCAUACUUUGUUUUUAGAGGUGCGAAUCACAUGAAGUACGAAUAAAGAAUGAAGAUGUAACAGAC